UCGCAAGGAACAUCUUAAUUAAUUCACGGCGUAUUUCACACGGCACUAAUAAAUUUUUCAAUCGUCGAGUGCUGAUUCAGCAAAAUAAUUUAUAAUUUAUCAGUUAUUGCGUCGUGGAACUUGGCAGUGAUCAUUAAAACUUCGCAAGCUUUAAACCGGCUUGAUAAUUAAAAAAAUGGUCAAAGCAGUUUGUGUUUUGAAGGGAGAAGUCCAAGGAACUCUUUGGUUUGAACAGGACAGUGGAUCCAAUCCUGUCAAGGUCACAGGAGAAGUUACUGGACUGAAGCCGGGUCUUCAUGGCUUCCAUAUUCACGAAUUUGGUGACAACACUAAUGGAUGUACCAGUGCUGGACCGCACUUCAACCCGCUAAAAAAAGACCAUGGAGGUCCUGAGGACAGUGCAAGGCACGUUGGAGACCUGGGUAAUGUCACAGCAGGAGCUGACGGUGUUGCCAAGGUCAACAUUACUGAUAAAAUGAUCGGGCUUCAAGGAGAUCACAAUAUCAUUGGCAGAACUCUUGUGGUUCAUGCUGACCCCGAUGACUUGGGCAAAGGUGGCCACGAGCUGUCAUCAACAACUGGUAACGCUGGAGCUCGUUUGGCCUGUGGUGUUAUUGGAAUCACCAAAUAAACAUUCUGAAGAAGAAAUUUCACAUCAAUUAAAUUACUACGACCAAAUUAAUAAUGUAAUCAGGCACUACUCUAUAAAACUAGGUUUUUGAGUAGAGUAAAAAUUAUCAUUCCUGUUGAAAUAAAAACCUCUCGUACAU